AUGCUGGGGCCAAUUGACUACAAUGAGCAAAAAGACCCGUCCGAAUGGAUCUGGAAGACAGGUAGCUCUAAAACAGCACCGAAGCUGUUCGAGGAGGCGAUGAGUUCACCAGAACGUGGCAUUUGGAAGAACGCUUAUCAAGACGAAUACGAUAGGCUCUUCAAACGUGAAACAUUUGAAAGCAGUACAUUGCCUUCCGGAAGAAAGGGGAUCAAGAGUCGCAUGGCCUUUUCAUAUGAUGAAAAUGGCAAGCCCAGGGCAAAGUUGGUUGCCAUCGGAUCCAGCCAAACUAGAGGUGUUGAUUUCGAAGAGACUUCUGCUCCAACUCUUCCUUAUGGAGCUUUAAGACUUUUUGUGGCAGUGGCUGCAAGCAAGAAAAUGCCAAUUCAUCGGGUGGUCGUCGAAGAUGCGUUCUUAGAAGGCAAGCUUGACAAAGAAAUUUACAUGGAACUCCCCGAAGGAGUUUUAACUUUUGGAUUUGGUAGCGAGUGUUACAGGCUUAAUAAGCCAAUCUAUGGUCUUAAGCAGGCUCCAAGGUUGUGGAACGAGGCAAUUGAUGGCUUCUUGCGCUCUAUCGGUUUCACCCAGAGCCAACGAGAACCAUGUUUCUAUUUUAUGAGGAAAAAUGGGAAACUCACAAUGCUUGUCAUAUAUGUGGAUGAUAUUUUGGUAGCUGGUGAAAACAAACAGACGAUUGAGGAGGUGAAGACUGCUCUUAAGAGAAGAUACACGGUCGAUGACAAGGGCCUUGCGAAGAGAUACCUCAAUAUCAACAUAACUCAAAGACAAGGCAACAUUACUCUUGAUCAAGACGAUUACCUCGUUCAGGUUGCUAAAGAGUUUGGUUUGACUGACCUACCUCCUUCCUCUAAUCCCACGCCACGUCCUACCGCUCUAGAACCUCGUGACUACGAUUCAGCCACUGACGCUAAAAGGUUCAGAAGUUUGCUUGGAAAGUUGGCCUAUGUCGCAAAAACAACUCGAUACGAUCUAAUCCAUUGUACUUUUGCGCUUUCAAAAUACAGCAGGGACCCCAAGAAGAGACAUCUAGAUGCGUUAUACAAUGCCUUUGCAUUCGCCUUAUAUCAUAAUGAUUUCAAGCUCAUUUACGCUCCAACUAGAGAGAGACUUGAAUUGGAAUUAUUCGUCAGCGUGGACUUCGGGAAACCCGGAUUGAGGAAACGUGGUUACGGAUAUGUCUAUGAUUUGAAUGGGUCAACGGUCUUGUGGAAUAAUGGGAACGAACAGUAUGAAACCGAUGAUUUUGAUAUCGCAAACAAGAUGGCAAUGCUUAUGGGUAUGAAGGAAGGCGAGUGGACAGUGAAGGUCUUACGGGAGAUGGGAGAGCAUCCCCAGGCAGUCAAAGUGUACCAAGAUGAUGGAAGUGACUAA